UUUCCAAUCUCAUGGCUAAGAUUCAAAUCCACUCAGCACUAUUUUUCCUUCCUCAUCAGCAACCAAACUCGAAGUUCUGCUUUUACAGCUCUGUACUUCACUUCAAACCCCAGCUUCGUGAUACAUGUUAACUCUAGUCCAUAACUUGUGGUGUCAAAUUCUGAAUGUUGAUAUGUAUUCAGCAAAACCUAUUGCCUUAAGAUGGUGGUGGUGAGCAGAAUUAACAGAUGACAGGGACAACAGUCCUUAACCUCCAAACCCAUCUCUUGUUACCAGUAAAAGAUCCACCAGGAAGCCAAGAACUCAGUUUCAGGCUUAAGGAGCAAGAAAGCUUAUCACUUUUGAAGAGAUGCAAGAACUUGGAGGAAUUCAAGCAAGUCCAUUCCCAUAUUCUCAAGUUAGGUGUUUCCUGUGAUUCUUUUGUUGCAGGGAAUCUUGUAGCCACUAAUGUUCUCUCAGCUUGGGGAAGCAUGGACUAUGCCUGCUCGAUUUUCGAACAAAUCGAGGAACCGGGUUCGUUUGUAUGCAACACCAUGAUCAAGGGGCAUGUGAAGGCUUUGAACUGGGAUCAAGCAUUGCUUGUUUACUGUGAAAUGCUUGAGAGCGGAGUUAGACCAGACAAUUUCACUUACCCAAUUGUUCUCAAGGCUUGUGCUUGGUUAGUGGCAAUUGAGGAAGGAAAGCAAAUUCAUGGGCAUGUUUUUAAGCUUGGGCUUGAAAAUGAUGUGUUUGUGCAGAACAGUUUGAUCAGCAUGUAUGGCAAGUGUGGUAAGGUACAACUUUCUCGUAGUGUUUUUGAGCAAUUAAUGGAUCAAAAGAGUGUUGCUUCUUGGAGUGCUAUAAUUUCAGCUCAUGCUAGUUUGGGAUUGUGGAGUGAGUGUUUGAAGCUUUAUGGGGAUAUGAGAAGGGAGGGUUUGAGGGCUGAAGAAAGUACAUUAGUAAGUGUGCUCUCUGCUUGCACUCAUUUGGGUGCACUUAAUUUGGGAAGGUGUUGCCAUGGAUAUUUGUUGAGAAACAUUAGUGCACUCAAUGUGAUAGUAGAGACUUCCUUGAUAGAUAUGUAUGUUAAAUGUGGGUGCUUAGAGAAAGGGUUGAGUCUAUUCCAAAAGAUGAUCAAGAAGAAUAGAUUGUCCUACACAGUGGUGAUCUGUGGGCUUGCUAUCCAUGGACAUGGUAGGGAAGCUCUUGAGCUAUACUCGGAGAUGUUUCGAGAAGGUUUGAAACCUGAUGAUGCUGUCCAUGUGAGUGUACUGAGCGCUUGUAAUCAUGCAGGCCUAGUAGAGGAGGGUCUCCAAUGUUUCAAAAGGAUGAAAUAUGAGCACGAAAUUCAACCUAAAAUUGAACACUACGGUUGCCUGGUAGACCUCAUGGGUAGAGCAGGAAGGCUUGAGGAAGCAAUGCAGCUCAUCAAUAGCAUGCCCAUUAGGCCGAAUGACGUCAUAUGGCGAAGCCUUCUUAGUGCUAGCAGAGUUCAUAAGAACCUGGGAAUCGGGGAGAUUGCAGCUGAAAAGCUGUUCCAGUUGAACAUGCAUAACCCUAGUGAUUAUGUGGUCCUAUCGAAUUUGUAUGCUCAAGCUCAAAGAUGGGAUAAUGUGGCAAGAAUUAGAACAGAAAUGGCUUCCAAGGGCUUGACACAAACACCUGGAAGUAGCUUGGUUGAGGUGAGGAGAGAAGUGCACAAGUUUGUUUCACAAGAUAUGUCACACCCCCAAUGUAAGCGCAUCUACGAGAUGAUACACCAGAUGGAAUGGCAAUUAAGAUUUGAAGGCUAUUCUGCAGACACUACUCAAGUACUACUAGAUGUAGAUGAAGAAGAGAGGAGAGAGAGGUUGAAGUAUCAUAGUCAGAAGUUAGCAAUUGCUUUUGCACUCAUACAUACAUCUCAGGGAUCUCCUAUAAGAAUAGUUAGAAACCUCAGGAUGUGUAGUGACUGUCACACGUACACUAAAUUUAUUUCAAUUAUCUAUCAAAGGCAAAUUACGGUAAGAGAUCGAAACAGGUUCCACCAUUUUGAAGAUGGAAUUUGCUCAUGUAGAGACUACUGGUGA